CUGUUGCACUAUGACCACGUCCGUGUUUUACGGCCACGUCACGUCUGCACGGCGCUAGCUCACCAGUUCAAGACCCCACUUGACCAAAUAGUUGACCAAGCGCAGCAAUGUCGGCUUCUGUUUUGUCGGUAAUUUCUCGGUUUCUUGAAGAAUACACAAGUACGACGACCAAUAAGUUGAAAGUGGUGGAUGCGUAUUUGCUGUAUAUCCUGCUGACGGGAGCGCUGCAGUUCCUUUACUGUCUGCUCGUGGGAACGUUCCCCUUCAACAGCUUUCUCUCUGGCUUCAUCUCUUGUGUCGGCUCUUUCAUUCUCGCAGUGUGUCUUCGUAUCCAGAUCAACCCACAGAACAAAGGAGACUUCCUGUCCAUCUCACCAGAGAGAGCGUUUGCUGACUUUCUGUUCGCGCACACUGUCCUGCACCUUGUUGUCAUGAACUUCAUUGGUUGAACACGUUUCUCAGACUGACAGUCCCCUUGGUGGAAGAUGCAGCUGGGAAGAAGAUGGAAAACAAUAUUCAAACCCACAAUGCCACAUCGGCUUUUCUUACAGAUCAUGGUUGAAUUCCUUUUUUUAUGUUUAAAUUUGUUAACGUUCCCUUGCACUGAGGCAAAUAAAUAAAUAAAAAAAAAGACAACUUUAGAA